UCAAAACAAUUUUUGUGAUUUGAAAUUUAGUUAAAGCAAAAUUGUAGUAAAAUGCAUAUUAAACCCAUUUACGGGUUAACCUUAAUUAUUAUUCUGAAUAUAAUCGUGGUGUGCCAUGGCAUUAAGACUGAAAAGGAGCUGGCUGACUAUUUCAAGUUCAUGACCGAAUCGAUGACAGCUAUGAUGCCAGUCGUGGACCAUAUGAUUGAGUCGGAGACGAACCCCGGUAUGAAGAGUGCCCUAAAAAAGGCCAAAAAACAUAUCGAGGAUCUCAUCAAAAAGAAGGCUGAGCUCCAGAAGCAGUGCAAAGAUCACAAGAAGUCGCUACAAGAGUGCUGCAAAAUGGCUGAAGAUAUGCGUACAGAAAUGCAGCAAGCAUUUGCCAACGAGAUUAAUAAUCAUAAACAUUGAUUAGGAUCAGGAUCAC